UACGAUCGGUUAAACAAUAAACACAAAACUUUUGCCGAUGCCCUUUUGGCCAUUUGGAAGCGUUUUGCUUAACAUUUUUAGAACUAUGCUGCCCGCUGGCACACAAACAUUGGCUAUACUUACGUAUAAACACGUCUAAACAUCUGUAUGUGCCUCUGUUUGAUCGGGCGAAAACGACAAACGUAUAAACCAUCAUAAGAAACGGAGCGCAAAGUUCUAUGGCCAGCAUAUGGGGGAAAACUUGUUGUUAGCCGCCGUUUUGUUGAUGUGAAUAUACUACAUACAGAUGUUCGCUUCUCUGGCGAAUUUUCCCAAGCAGCUUUUCCUUGGCGUUCAGUGCGAGUUGGAUUGCCGUUGGCUACGUGCUACGCCGCCCGGUGUUUCCCGAUAUUUUAUAAUUUUUUUAAUUGCCGCGUCUUGCGUCGCGUUCGUGUUUCUUUGUUUUCUUGUGAUCUAUGAAACUCUAUGAAUGCGAACUACCAAGACGGUUUCUCGAUAUUUUUAGCAAGAAUAUAAAGUUCGUGUGGUGACGUACAUACAGAUCUAUGUAGUAUAUAGUGCGUGAGUGUAUUUUUAUGAAUCUAUGGAUGGCACCUUGAGCCACACCAUAACCACAGCCAAAAUGUGUUCAUAGUGCGACCGCAUCAAAAGUGCGUAGGGAGUCAUGAGCACGCCGACGGCCACGCCCACUGCGGGGGCGGUUCCGGGACAGCAGGUUCCACUGCCCCACGAACUGACCGCCGAGUGGACGGUGCGAGCACAUCUCACUUUUGCCAGAGCCGGUGAGCAUGUGCAAAAGGAGUUUAGUGCUCCGGAGGCAGUGCAUCCUAUGCGCGUGGUCUACAAAUGGUGUACGCCCUGCGAGGAACCCGAAACAGAACAGGAUGUGGACAAGACACAAGCUACUGCGGGAACCAGCUUUCGCUCCACAAACUCCUCGGCCACCACUAAUGCAGAUUCGGCCUUUGGCAGUCCACAUGCUUCCAGGGCUCUUAAUAAACCACUAGUGGCAAGCAAUACUGCUGCGCCUUCUGGAGCCACUGCCCAAGUGUGUGGCACUCGUUGCCGGAGCACAUGCAACAUCAUGGUGUCCGCAGUGGCAGAUUUCCUACCCCAGGAAGGGGGAGCCACUGGGUCAGUGAAUGAGCCCUUUGUUUACCACAGCAAAGUGCGGGCCCAGCAGCUCAGGGAUGCCUUCUCCCAGACAAGUGAUACGGAGGAGCAGCCAGCCAAGAGACGACCUGCCUACGAGCAACGAAGGGCCACCACCGAGGCGCUGAUGAACUUUGCCAGCAAGCGGCAGGCGGAGGAGGCUAACACUUAUGUGCCAACCUACUCGCCCACGCCCACAACACCCUCGUCUACAUUCAAAUCCGCUUCGAUGUCAAGGAUACCACCACUAGCUGGCAACUUGGGCCAAGGAGCAGCACCCAGGAUACCCAACUUGGGGGAGAAGAAGCCUCGCACUGUUCACAUCGACGUCUACUGCACGGGAUCCGAGGGAGAUGAGGAGGAGGAGGCGGAUGAUGAGCGGCAGGCUGAUGAAGAGGUCUCCAGUUCCUCUGAUUCCGAGCUGGCUGGCAGCAAGCGCUACGAACUGGACUCGAAUUCCACACCGCAAACCGUGUUGGAUAAUGAACAGAUGCUGCUGCGCCAUCAAAGAAUCUCUGGAGGAGCCAUGCCCAGGCGAUUGGCGCAAAAUCAGGCAAAAAAGAAUCAAGUGGAAAACCAACAGCCAGAUAAUCUAAAUCUAGGUCAUGCCAUUACCAAAUGCAGCACAGCCGAGGAAGUGUGCGAGUCCAAGCAGCUACUGUUCCGCAAACACAUUGGUGAUCAGCGGGCGGCCAAGUUGGCCACUCUCCGCCAGAAAUACAUGCGCCAGCCUAGCGAUGAGACGAGUAGCAGCACUUACCCCAACUCCUCGAGGUCAACGAUGCCCAGGGAUGCCACCUGCAGCAGCAUAUCGAGUGUCAUGGGUGGAACGGAUUGCGUGGACUCGUCAUGGAAGGAAACAGACGACCUAGACACACCGAUAGUGUCCUUUGGAUUGACCAAAUCCGAUAGCUUUGAGUACGAAAACUCGCUAGACCGCCUGCGCAUAAGCCAGAUGGAGCGCCUAUGGUCCCGUCAGCACUCCAUGGACCAGAGUCACCUGCAAACUCACCUUGGAGCCCCAACCCCACAUCACCUGCAAACGAUCACGGAGGUGCAGUCCCAACGCAGCUCCUUCCAGCGCAGCGAUACCAUCCCAUCGGAAUCGGAUGGCUUCUCGGAUGCCAAUGGAUUUAAUACCUAUCCGGGAAGGCAGUCCCAGUCGCAUUUGCAGCAGAUCUCGCAUUUCCCACGCAAUCGUCCUGGUUUUCUGCAGUUCUUUGGACCAACUGGCGAACCAGGAGGCGUUGCUCAACCAACUCCGCCAGCCACGGCUCCAGUUCAACCCGCUGCAGCCGCUACUACGGAUCCGUUCCGCCUACUCCAUCCGAGUUUCCGAUGGAAGAGUGAGGCACGCGACAACCUAAGUGUACAGGUGGCCUCCGGAUCACCCUCCUCAGAGCGCAGUUCCCCGCAGCUCUUGUCGGCUGCCACCACAGUGGUGCGUUGCGGCAGCGAGGCGCCACCAAGCACCACUUCGGCCAGUACUUUUGGGACCACAGUGACGCCUUCGCCAGUGCCAGUGCGACGUUUUGAAAUAUCACGCGACAGCCCAAGUCUUGCAAGUGAGGCCUCUACUUCCGUUUCCGGUUACACCCACGAGCACUUGGAGAAGGCUCGUCGCUUUGGCAAUGUGGUUGCCAUGAGGAAACCCGGCCACCAUGUAGGUCCCACCAAGAAUCCCAAUUGCCAGUGUGAGAGCUGUCAACGUUGGCUGGCCGAGAGAUUUCAGCUGCGCGGCAGAGCCUUCUCACUGGGCGAGAAGCCCCUAAGGCGUCCACAGUAGUGGAAUCACUUCUGGAUUUACUACCUAUUCUAUGUCUAAGGCUUGCAUUUAACACAUUGCUUUUGAGAUUGAUACGCACCCAAUUAACCCAAACCCCAAAUCCGAACCCAAAAACAAACUUUCUUUCGAUUAGUUGUAAGCCAUAUAAGCGAAUAUGUUCCUCACGCAAAACACAAAUUGUGCGCUGAAUCAGUUUAAUGUUGUAAUAAAGUAAAACAAUAGAUUUAAUCAGAAAA